AUGCCCCUCCUCCCCACUCUAGCUUCAGCUGCAGCUUGCUUAGUCAGGAUUAUCACCAAUCCGCCUUUAUCAUUGUUAAAGAUCCACCCGGUGGUCGCCCCCAUCGAUCUCCGCGACGCCGAUAAUUCUUCUUCCGUAGCCCGGCACCGGUCCGCCUCCGAGUUUCUCCAAGAUCCGCCGUCGCCGACUCCUCCGAUCGAACUUCAGAUUCUCUCCUCUAUACCGAGUCCUCCAUCUUCACAACCGCCACCGCAGCUGGAAGUCAACUCGACGGGCUCAACCGUUUCAGCAACGACUUCGGCUUCUUCAACCUAUCGCCGGCUGUCACCUCGAAAGCGUAGAGAACUGUCGGAGCAGGUCUGGCGGGAGUAUUAG